ACCAAAACUAAAAUUUACCAUCUGUUGGAAGAGGAGGAGGUGAAGACAGAGGCGGUGGUGAUGGCUGAGGAAGGUCAUCUGCGGAGCCAAAAAAGGGCCAGUCUUAUAUCUCAGCAUACAGCUGGGUUGCUGAAGUCUACACCCGAUUCUUCCAGAGCAGAGUCUAAACAUCUUGCCGAUCACCGUCGCCAAACAAUUGCUACAUAUUUGCUUGGACAGAUCCGGAGUGCACUGCACCAAAAUGUAUAUUUUCUCAAAGUAAUCCGAACUCGUCCCGUUAUCCACCGCAUACUUACGAAGAUUGCCUCCGGUGCCGCACGGACAGCUCCGCUCGAGCACCGGAAUGAUUUCGUUGAGACAACUUUUGCAAACAUCCUGCUUUACGUCUCCUCUACAGAGUCCAAUUGCAGUAAUCUGAAACAGGCUCUCCCCGAAGAUCUGGGUUCUUCUGGAAAACCUGAAAUUGGGUUCCCCAGGGGAACGUCGAAACUGGGUUCCCUAGGAGAACCCCGAAACUGGGUUCUCAAGGGUAACCCAAAAUUGGGUUCCCUAAGAGAACCUCGAAACUGGGUUCUCAAGAGAACCCAAACUUGGGUUGUCCAAAAGGGGAAGAGAAGGAAGAAGAGGGAAGGUGAGGGAAAGAAGAAGAAAAAGAAAGGAGGAGGAGGGAAAAGAAGGAAGAAAUCAUGGGCAAAACAAAGUCUUCUUGUUCCCAAUCUUAGAGGCUUUCUUCCUUGACUUUCCUUUUGUUUGUUUGUUUAAUUUCAAAUUACGAACAUUUUAUUAGAGCAGAGGAGAUGUUUGAAAACAAAUUUUAGUUGUUCGCUUUUAAUUCAAACCAUUGAAUAUUAAUAUUUUAAGGUUGUGUGUUGAUUUGGGUGAAUGAACUGAGUGUGUCCAU